AUGGAAAUUCAGAAGAUUAUUAACAAAACUAUUACUCACAAUACUGCGACUACUACGACGACUACGACCACCACUACUACUACUACUACGACGACGACGACCACUACUACUACUACUACUAGUACUACUACUACUACUACGACGACGACGACGACGACGACCACUACUACUACUACUACUACUACUACUACUACUACUACUACUACCACUAAUCCUCCUGCUACUACUACUAAUACUACUACUACUACUACUACUACUACUGCUGCUACUACUACUACUACUGCUGCUGCUACUACUACUACUACUACUACUACGACGACGACGACGACGACGACCACUACUACUACUACUACUACUACUACUACUACUACUACUACUACUACUACUACUACUGCUACUACUACUACUACUACUGCUGCUGCUACUACUACUACUACUACUACUACUACUACUACUACCACUACUACUACUACCACUACUACUACUACUACUACUACUACUACUACUGCUACUACUACUACUACUACUGUCGAAAUAUUUUAUCUUUCUCGCUAUUAA